CAAAAAAGCCCACGCACAUUUUAGGCCCAACCAACAGUUUUACCCUCAUUCCCUACACAGAGACGCCAUUGCUGAGGUUCCACAUCACUCUACGCAACUGCAAUCAAAGGAAUCAUGGGAAGUCGAUUAGGAAGAAGAGUUGUAAACUUCGCUAAUCUUCCGAUUAAGCUUCUCAUGCCUUCUUCUUUCUCCAACAUCACUGAGAUCUCCCUCAAAACCAUCCCCUCUGCUUCCAAGAUUGAGAUAAAGAGGGUAUUGGAGUCAUUGUACGGCUUUGAAGUUGAAAAGGUCCAAACUUUAAACAUGGAUGGAAAGAAGAAGAAGAGAGGUGGGCUAUUAAUUGCUAAACCAGACUACAAAAAAGCUUAUGUUACACUUAAGAACCCUUUGUCUAUAUCGACGGAUCUUUAUCCUAUACGAAUGAUCCAAGAGGAAAAGAAAAAUAUGAGCAAGAAAUCUAAGUCUAGCAUUGUUGAGGAUGAUGAGCCUAAGAAGAUGCAUUGGCUUGACGACAAGAGAGACACGAAGAGUAGUUCAGAGAGGAGAUUCAGUCGUGGUCGUGAUCGUGAACAUGGUUCUUCAGAUGUUGGUGCUGCAGCAGCAAAGUUCCCUUGGAGUAGUAUGAGGUCUUAUGCUCCUAGGUAGAUCAUCUAUUUUCUUUGGAAUAAUUUGAAUUUUCUUGGAAAUGUUGCUAGUUUAAUGGAGUUCUAUGUUUUUUUUUUUUUUUUUGAUUUGCACCGGGUGUCCGAGUCUUUAAGGGCCCCAACUAAUCCCGGGGGUGCACAGGCUCUCGGCAAGGAGUUUCCCGCAAGUGCACCACGGUUAAUUCAAUGGAGUUCUAUGGUUUUAUGUUAAAUAAAUUAAAUUAGCUAUCUUUUUUAUA